AUGGUGCAGUCGGGCAAGACAACAAGGGUGAUUCUGUCAGGCAACUGCCUGACCCUCAGCCCAAGGACAAAGUGCACGUCCAAGGGCACUGAGCACAGCGCAACAGCCUGCCAGGCGUUCUGCAGCAUCACGGACAAUGGCCCGUGUGACGGCCAUGGGGCGUGUGUGCCGGCUACCCCCACUUCCCCCUCUUACUUCACGUGCAUCUGUGAUGCGGGGUACACCACUGUCGACUCGGGCAACGACUCCUCCACAUGCGCAAUUGUCCACUCCACCACCAACACUGUGUCGUCUCUGUCCACGGGCGCCAUAGUGGGCAUUGUUGUGGGCUGCUUUGCUGGCUUCACGUUGCUGGCUGCGGUGGUCGCAUGGCUGCUGUGGCCCCGCGGACCAAGUGAGCCCCUCAACCCAUUCCAUAUCCCCCCUUGCUGCACCUAUUUCCUGGCUUCCUUCCUUGCUCCCCACCUCUCCCAAUUUCCAUGCCUCUCCUCUGCCCUCAUGCUCGACUCUCCUCUGCCCUCAUGCUCUCCUCUCCUCUGCCCUCAUGCUCUCCUCUCCUCUACCCUCAUGCUCUCCUCUCCUCUGCCCUCAUGCUCUCCUCUCCUCUGCCCUCAUGCUCUCCUCUCCUCUGCCCUCAUGCUCUCCUCUCCUCUGCCCUCAUGCCCGGCUCUCCUCUGCCCUCAUGCUCUCCUCUCCUCUCCCCUCAUGCUCUCCUCUCUUCUGCCCUCAUGCUCUCCUUUCCUCUGCCCUCAUGCCCGGCUCUCUUCUGCCCUCAUGCUCUCCUCUCCUCUGCCCUCAUUCUCUCCUCUCCUCUGCCCUCAUGCUCUCCUCUCCUCUGCCCUCAUUCUCUCCUCUCCUCUGCCCUCAUGCUCUCCUCUCCUCUGCCCUCAUGCCCGGCUCUACUCUGCCCUCAUGCUCUGUCCACGCAUCUACACCCUUAGUCCCUCACACCUCUGGUCUGGGAUUUUUCUGUGCGCAGAGAAGUGGGAGGGUUUGGAUGUGUGCGAGCAGUUCUCACUGCAGCAGAUGCUGAAGGCCACCAGCAACUGGUCGGAGGACAAUGUGUUGGGCAAGGGUGGCUUUGGCAUUGUCUACAAAGGCUGCUCGCCUCAGGGCCAGCUGUGGGCCAUCAAGCGAUCCACCAUCAUGACCAACGACUUUGAAACAGAGGUGCAAGCCAUGGCCUCUCUCCACCACACACACCUCGUGCGCCUGCUGGGCUUCUGCCUGGACCAGAACGUGGAGACGGGCAAGCAGGAGCAGAUCCUCAUGUACGAGUUCAUAGGCAACAGAGACCUCAAGUACCAUAUCCACAAGACCAAGCGUCCGCUCUCGUUUCGCCAGAGGUUGCGCCUGGCACAGGGAGCAGCAGAGGGCCUGGCAUACCUGCACGGGUUUGACACACCCAUCGUUCACCGCGACAUCAAGCCAGCCAACAUCCUUGUGACAGCAGACAUGCAAGCCAAGGUGGCUGACUUUGGGCUGCUCAAGCGCCUCACUCAUGGCGAUGCUGAUGUCACACGAGUGGCUGGCACUCCAGGCUAUGUGGAUUCGGACUACAGCCGCACCCACGUCAUCACUGUCAAGAGUGAUGUGUUCAGCUUUGGAAUUGUGCUUCUUGAGCUGCUGAGUGGCAAGUCACCCCUAGUCGACGAAAAAACACAUAUAAAAAAAUGGGCAAUGAAGCUGGUGGAGGUGUAUGAGCUAGAGGAGCUGAAGGACAGCAAGAUGCCGGUGGCAAGUGAGGAGGCCAUAGUGGACUUUGCAGAUCUGGCUUUGGACUGCAUCAAGUCUCCCGGCACACGGCGACCCACCAUGAAGGAUGUGGCAUACCGCCUCAGUGCCCUCAUUGCCAAGCACUGUCCCAACAAGGAGGAUGAGUGGGAGAAUGUCGCGGAGGAAGACGGUGCAAGCAACGUGGAUACCGAUGAGCAGGCCUCUGUUCCUGCGCCGGUGCACCCCCUCCUGUUGCUCUAUACGUCUUCUUGGCUGUGUCUUGCCUCGACGCAGCACCCGCUCAUGGCCUGCUUCCCCUCCGCUGCUUCCCUUCUGCCCACUUCUCCCCUCUCUUCUUCUGUCACCCCCAUUCACUGCUAG